AUGGACCCCCUGGAGAAGUACGAGCUGCUGCAGCAGCUGGGGAAAGGCUCGUAUGGCAUCGUCUACAAGGGCGUCGACAGGCAGACGUCAGAGAUCGUGGCUGUCAAGAUCAUUUCGUUGAGUGGUCAACAGGGAGAGGAACUUGUGCGGAUACAGAGAGAGAUUGAAAUGUUGCAAGGCUGCGGCCAUCCAAACGUCGUGCAAUACAAGGGCAGCUACACCUACAACGAUUCCCUGUGGAUUGUGAUGGAGUUCUGUGGGGGUGGCAGCAUUGCCGAUAUUGUGCGCUCCCUGGAUACCCCCCUAACAGAGGACCUCAUCGCUUAUGUGUGCGCAGAGACAUUGAAGGGCCUCGCGUACCUGCAUGCACUGGGCAUGGUCCACCGUGACAUCAAGUGCGGCAACAUCCUCCUGACUGAGUCGGGGGAGGUGAAAUUGGCGGACUUUGGGGUGGCAGCGCAGCUCACAAGCACGCUCUCAAAACGAAAUACCUUCAUCGGCACCCCCCACUGGAUGGCGCCAGAAGUGAUCCAACACAGCCGGUAUGACGGAAAGGUUGACGUAUGGGCUUUGGGGAUCAGCGCUGUGGAGAUGGCGGAAAUAACCCCCCCACGCUUUAACGUGCACCCCAUGAGGGUCAUCUUCAUGAUAUCCAAGGAGCCCUCUCCAGAGCUUGAGAACAAGAGCAAGUGGUCAGGGACCUUUAAUGACUUCAUUGCGCAAGCACUGCAAAAGGAUCCCAACCGGAGGCCUUCCGCAAAGUUUUUGCAGCAGCACCGGUUUGUGGUGCGCCCCCCUGCAAGCUCUAAGGUCGACUUGCUGCCCAUGGUCAAACAGUGCCAGGAGAUUUUUCUGUCAAAACUGCCAGUGGCUGGCGACACACUGGAGCUGCAAAGCACACAGCUGUCCCUCAACACAGGGACCCUCAAGGCGUCAACUGUGAGGCAGACUUGGAAGAAUGAGCCGACGGGAACAGUUGCAUUGGGGGCAACGCCUCGCCGACCGUCUCAGCAAGAUGGCGGUGACGACACAGUGGCAUACUCGGGGAGCGUUGUCAUCAGCGGCCAUAAUAGCUUUGAUGGCCAAUCGACACACAGACGGACGGACACCAUGGACACCACAGUGUUCGACACCCUUGGGACGAGUGGGCGCAUGGACAGCUUUGUUGCCAGCACCAGAGAUGAGGGGGGCGAUGGGGAGUACCUUGCAGCAGUCAAGGCAAUGGAGGCUGAGAGCAGAGGGGGACAAUCUCGAGGACCCUCUGGUCAGGCGUCGCCGUCAACCUCCCAGGCAUAUGCAAGGAACCGUGUGAAGGAGAAGCUGUGGGCCGUGCACAAUGGCGGCUCCAUUAUUCCCAUGCCAUUUUUGUCCGCCAGGCAUGCUGCCCCCUUGGGGCUGCUGGACUCGUCGGGGCCGUCACAGAGGCCGAGUCGGGGCGGCCUCAGGCCUGAAGACGAAGAACUGCUGAUAUCUUUGGCGAGGGAGAGCCUGCCUGGCGACAAGCUGCCGGACUCGUUAGUCCAACGGGUUUCCGGCAGCCUCGUGCUCCAGAAUCUGCUGCGCACGCUGUCGUACCAUCAGCGCUGCCUGAACAUCCUGCCCAUGGACAAGGAAGCCGCGAAGAAGACGCGCAGGGUGGUGAGCCAGCUGGCGGAGGUGCUGCGUACGAUCCUGUGCCUGUGA